UGGAUUUGUUGGAGAAAUAAAAUUGUUAAAUUUGGGGAAGUAUUUGUCUUCUUGAAGAGGAGAAAGCGGACAGAAACAGAGUGAGGGGACGAGAAAGAGGACCGAGCGAGCAGCGAGCGACGAGUAGUGAAGAAGAGAGAAAGAUGGAGAGCAACAUCGUCGAGAUUUCUACUGACGAGGAGACGGGUUCGCGGGAGGAUGGUAGGUUUAAUUCCAUCACGCGAUUCAAUCAGAUUGCGCCGACGACGACGACGCGGGUUGAUGCAGCUCAAUUGAACUAUAGAUCGAGAACGGUCGGUAGCUUCGCCGGCAGGCUCGCCACCGUCCUCUUCUUUACCCACCUCCUCGCCGCCGUUAUCCUCAUCAUCUACUUAGCUGCCCGCGGCCUCCCCUCCCGGCAUCCGUCCUUCCACCAGGCCUACUGGUUCCCGCCUCUGCUCACUUCCGCCGCCGCCUCCCUCCCGUUCGCCGUCCUAUGGCUGCUAAUCGCGCUUCGCCACCCUACUAAAGCCCUCCGCGCCGCCCUCUGGCUCGCCCCCAUCCUCUCAUGCGGAGUCGCCGUGCUCCUCCUCGCCGACGAGAACGGCUAUAGCCUGGCCGUGGCCGUGCUCUUCCUCGUCCUCGCUCUCGUGCUCUCUCUCUACUGCUGCUGGAUCACCCGCCGGCUUCACCACGCCGAGGAGGUACUCUCCGCGGCCGGAGCCGCCGUCCGGCCAACUCUCGCUCUGGCGAAGUACCUGGGGCUCGCGCUACUUGCCGGAGUACUCUACUUCUUUUUCUGGACGCUGGGCGCCGGCGGCGCCGCGGCCUCCGCCUCGCGGUUCGUCCCGCUCUACGCGGUACUGCUGCUGCUGAACCUGGCAUGGACGAUGCAGGCCCUCAGGUACACUGUCCACGUGGCGGUCGCGCGGACAGCCUACGCGCGGCUCGCGUCAGGGGCAGAGGCGCAGCCCACGGCCGCCAUCUUCGACACCGCCGCCGCGAGGCUCGUUCUCGGGGAGGUGCUAUACGGCGCGGCCGUGGUACCGGCCGCCGCGUUGGCGCGGGGAGCGUCCCAGACUAUGGGGCAGGUGGUGCGCGACUCCGACGAGUUCCUGUUCUCGUGCACCAUCUGCUUCGAGGGAGUGGCGGAGCGGAUGGUGGCGCUGGGCAACCGCUGGGGGUUGGUGUACGUAGGGGCGCAGGGGAAGGGACUCGGCCGGUCGUCGGUGGAAGUGUGGGAGCUGUUCGCGAAGCAGGGAAUGGAGAGGCUGAUCGAACUUGAUCUGACGGGGGCAUUCUGCUUCCUCUGCGGCGUGGCCAGCGGCAGCGUGGUCGCCGUGGCGGCGGGGGCGUGGGUGCUGGUGUCGCACAGGGGCCAUGUCGCGGACGCCACGGCCUAUGCCUUCUUCGUUGGCUAUUUCAUGACACGGAUCGCCAUGGCUUGGCCUCAGGCGUGCGUCGCGGCGUACCACGUCGUCUUCGCGGAGAACCCGGCGAACAACGAGAUGGGAUCUUGCUUACGCCAGCGACUGACGCAGCUAAACUCCAUCUCCACGCGUUAAAUUUCCUGGCCAAAAGAACAAAAAGAAAAAAAAAGCAAUAUCCAAGAAAUACAACUUUCCAAAUUGGAAUUUAGGUGUACAUGUGAAAUGUUAGCGUAAAUGACGAUGCGAAACAUGCGUUGUUAAAGAAGGAUGCCAAUAAUUAGCCCAGUAAAAUGUGGCGGUAAGUGAUAGAGUGUUUUUCUAAAAAAAAUUAGGCUUCAAAAUUCAUUCAGCGCAUGUGUUGGAAGUCAUCUCGUUUUUUAAAUUUAUUUGAGAUCGGACUGUCUAUGUAGAAUUAAUUGAAUUGUAAUAUUUGAAUACUGGUUAAAAAAACAAUGGAUAAAGUUAUGGGAGACAUGUAAACCCGAUUCGGAUUGUAACUUAGAUAGGGUUGUUAAAUCUCUAUGUCCAAUGAUGUAAAAUAUUAUAAUAAAAGAUGUUGUUAUACUAUCUUGUCUUAA